AUGGCGAACGGCGCGUCGGCGAUGGUGUUUGAUCAGCGUGUCUUCUUGUCGCUGAAUCCAUUCAACGUGUACGUGGCGCAACCGGAGGUGAAGCCGGGGUGCGUCCUGCGAAGGUCGAACUGGAACGUCCUCGAGCGCAAGGGCGUGGUGGAUAAGAAGUCAGAGGACGUGUGCAAAUCCCACAUGAAUACGUUUGCGUUCGUGGGUAAUCUCGAUCAAUCGCCCGAGGUCUCGUGCGUUUAUCACAGCGAGGAAGCGGAGAAUCAGUUUAUGAGGGAUCCGUCUCGCGCCGUUCUCGGCGACGGCGUCGUGCAGACAAUGCGCGAGAAAAUAGACGCGCAAACGACAAAGGGUGAUAGAUUCCGUUAA